AUGGACAAAAGUUGGGCCUCUUUCAAUCCGUUUACAGAGGAUUACAGAACAGGGCUAGCAAAAUUUAUCUCAAACUCAUUGGAAGUUGCUUCUCAUGAGGGGAACAUCAAAUGUCCGUGUGCUAAAUGCUUGAAUAGGUUCUGGUUGAGUAACAAAGAAGUCGAAGCGCAUCUAAUUGUUGAAGGUAUGGACCAUUCAUACUUGCAAGGCUCGUGGGUAUGGCAUGGAAAGACAUUUGGUGACCCUCUUCCAAGUAGCGAAGCUGCACAACAACUUGCUGCUGUUAAUACUCCUCAUUCUGAACUAGGCGCCUUGCUUGAAGAUAUUUUCUCUGGUCCCAGUGUGAUGGGUGGCAUGCCUAUUAAUAAUCACAGCGAGCAGGAAGCUCCAAUACCUGAAUAUGCACAUAAGUUUGAAGCCAUGGUGCAAGACGCAAAUACGGAAUUAUAUCCGGGAUGUGGUAUGAAGAAAAUGGAUUUCCUAAUACGAGUAUUUCAAAACAAGUGCUUAUAUGGGUGCAGCGAAAGUGCAGUACAAGCUAAUCUUCAACUUCUGAAACAUAUACUCCCAAAUGGUCAUUCUUUACCAAAGAAGGUGAUGAGUAUAAAGGGAUUGCUGAAAAAUUUCAUGUUGCCUCACCAAAAGAUCCAUGCAUGUGAAAAUGACUGCAUGUUGUAUUGGAAACAUAACAGUGGUUUAGAUGUUUGUCCUACAUAUGGUGUGUCCAGAUAUACAACCGAGGUAGAUGACACAGCGCCAAGCAGUAAAAAGAGAAUACCUCGGAAGGUGCUAACAUAUUUUCCUAUUACACCCCGCUUGCAACGGCUUUACAUGUCUCGACACACCAGUGAAGAUAUGUGUUGGCAUGGUCUUUCUCGGCCCGAGGAUGGCUACUUAAGACAUCCAGCUGAUUCCUUUGCAUGGAAGCAAUUAGAUUUGAAAUUUCCAACAUUUGGUGGGGAAAUGCGCAAUGUACGUCUUGGGUUGGCAAGUGAUGGAUUCAACCCCUUCGGAAAAUGCAGCACCGACUAUAGCACAUGGCCAGUAUUGUUGACCAUAUACAAUUUACCACCUUGGUUGUGUAUGAAAUCACCAUUCAUAUUGAUGGUUUUGUUAAUACCGGGCAAAGAAUCUCCGGGAAAUGAUAUUGAUGUAUACCUUCAACCAUUAAUAGACGAGCUGAAGGUAUUGUGGACCUCCGGGGUUCCCACUUAUGAUACGUUUAGGCAAAAGACCUUCACCUUACGAGCAGCUGUUUUGUGGACUAUUAGCGACUUCCCCGCCUAUGGGAACUUGUCCGGUUGGAGCACACAUGGGAAAUUAGCAUGUCCUCAUUGCAACUACAACACCGAGUCGACAUAUCUCAAAAAGGGUAGGAAAUAUUGUUAUAGGGGUCACCGUCGUUUCUUGCCCAUGUCACAUGUUUUUCGUCGACAAAGGAAAGCUUUUAAUCUUUCUGACGAAAGAGAACAAGCACCUUCCCCUAUGACCGGACGUGAAUGCCUUCGGCGGUUGUCCACUUUACGGUUCAAAUAUGGUAAGACGCCACGGAAACAGGUUGGAGAAAAAAGACCACCACCUACACCAACGGUUGGGCCAUGGAAGAAACAUAGUAUUUUCUUCCAAUUGCCGUAUUGGGAACAUUUUGCCCUUCGACACUGCCUUGAUGUCAUGCACAUUGAAAAAAAUGUAACUGAAAGUUUGGUUGCAACGCUGCUGGGUAUUGUUGGGAAAAGCAAGGAUAACAUGAAUGCAAGGUUGGACCUGGAAUUGAUGGGCAUGAAACCGGAGUUGCAGAUCAAAUUUGUCAAUGGAAAGCCAAAGAUGCCUCCCGGUGCAUAUACUAUGAAACCAUUAGAGAAGGAAUUGUUUUGCAAGGUCUUAGCCUCAAUAAAAGUGCCUGACAAUUACUCGUCCAAUAUUUCACGUCUUGUGCAUGUAAGGGAAAAGAUCGUUAGGGGACUUAAAAGUCAUGAUUGGCACGUUUUAAUGCAGCAGUUCCUUCCAAUUGCCAUACGCAAAAGCCUCCCAUCUGGGACUGCACAGAUAUUAUUAGAACUAAGUGCAUUCUUCAGACAUUUGUGUACUAAAAAAGGGUCAGUGGAAGGCUUUCGCAAACUUACACCCAAAAUAGUGAUGAUCCUAUGCCAAUUGGAAAGGAUAUUACCCCCUGCGUUCUUUGUCGUCAGUCUUCACCUCACAAUACAUCUUGCCGAAGAAGCUGCACUUGCAGGUCCGGUGCACUACAGAUGGAUGUACCCAAUUGAGAGGUUCCUGCUUACGUUGAAGAAGUAUGUUCGAAAUAAAAAUCGACCAGAGGGAAGCAUGACCCAAGGAUAUCUGGCUGAGGAGUGCUUGUCUUUUUGUGCGAUGUACUUGGAAGGCGUGGAGACACGUUUGAACCGUCCAAACCGAAAUGCAGAUAGAUUACGUCUUGACCAUGAGGGCGACUUUGACAUAUUUUGUGCCACCGGGCAUUCACUUGGUAUACGGGAAGAUUAUCAUCUUGACAACCACGAUUGGGAGAUUGCACGAUCGUAUGUUUUAGCCAAUUGUGAUAAGUCAAUGGUUAAUCAAUUGCAACAAUCAGGUGAUCCAAGUGCAACUGACGACUUGGUGGCGCUUGCUAAUGGACCUAGUAAGUGGUGUCGGAGAUAUAAGAUUUUUGUAUGUAAUGGGUUCAGGUUCAAAGUAAGAGGCACACAAUCCAAUGGGAACUACCAAAACUAUGGUGUUUUCCUACAGUCUGAUGUUCCAAGUUAUGCUGGCCCACGUGACCGGAACCCUGUUACCGGUUUGGUAGACUACUAUGGGGUUCUAACUGAUGUAUUUGAAAUUAAGUACCAUAUGGAACGCACAGUGGUUUUAUUCAAGUGCAACUGGUUUAAUGGCAGUUCCAGAAAUACUGGUGAGGGAGUAAAAACAGACAGAUAUGGCUUUAGAUUGGUUAACUUCAAUAAGAUGUCGUCUACGAGUGACCCCUUCAUUCUCGCAUCACAAGCACUACAAGUGUUCUAUGUACAAGACCCAACAGAUAUAGAAUGGCAUGUUGCAAUCAAAACGAGACCACGCGAUUUCUUUGAUAUGUCCUCAACACAUGAUGAUGAUCCGUGCGAUGGACAGGAUGUGGAACAUGCAACUGGUGAUAAUGAUGAGGUUCAAGUCAUUCAAAAAACGAUGAGGUCUGUUUUGAUCAACGAUUUGUAUUCUGAGAUUCAUCGACUCAAGCAAGAGGUAUAUGCUGCCACAGAGAAGAAUGGAAUAUAUAUACCACGACAUCGUUAUGUUAGUGAAGAAGCAGAGAAGAAGGCAAUGUUUGAAAAGAUAGAGCGGAUGGAACUUGAUUAUGAUUCAAAACACAAGAAAUUGCUGGAGCUUCAGGAACUUUACAGUUCUGAGCAACUUUUGGCUGUACAAUUGAAUGAUGAACUUGUAAAAACUGAGAAAAAGCUUGAGGAAACUGGACAUGCACUGUAUGGUCUUGAGGACAAGCAUUUGAAGCAAAUGCGACCAUCAAAGAGCAGGAAUUUGUGA